AUGUUUAUUUUUGGGGGUUAUUCUGGAUCGCAGUGGCUGAACGACCUGCACACAUUCGACCUCGGUGCGUGCUCAGCGUAUACGGCUCUUUACGGGAGGGAGAGUCUGCGGCAUAGGGGGGGCAGGCGGCAUGAGGGUUUUUGUGAAUCUUUGUGCAUGCAUGCAUGCGAUGCUUCAGAGAAAGAAGAAUGGUCCGAACUGCCGCAUUGGGGAAUGAAACCGUCUCCUCGAUUUGGGAGGAUGGCUUUUCCCAUGAAAAAAUCAUGCGUUUUGACUGGGCAUAAUGCCCCUCUCUGGAAAAGCUGCCACCAUGCUGCAGUUUUUCUGCCAACCGUCCGAAAAUCCGCCUGCUUUCCCUGCCGUUUCCAGGCUGGUGGCCUCCCUUUCUCUUGUGCUGCUGAUUUUGUAGAGAAUUCCCCUUCUGCUUCUGUUUGGCGUGCUGCUGCAAUGCGCAGGUAUGUGGCAGCGGCGAAUCCCUUGAAAGGGUCCAUCCUGCUUUUUGGAGGUUACGACGGCUGCAGCUGGCUAAACGAUCUGAAUCAGCUCAACCCUCAAAGCCUCGAGUGGCGGCCUGUGCAUCAACGGGGGCUUAUACCUUCGGGGAGAAGCUGCCCUGCAGCUGCAACUCACGAGCAGGGGCUUUUUCUCUUUGGUGGCUACAACGGAGUCGAGAGGCUGAGCGACUUGUUCAGCCUUUGCAGCAGGGGCGCUCCCCCGCCAGCAGCAGCUGCAGCUACUUUUGAAUGGAGGUGCAUAGUGGGGGGACGAUCAGCGCCUUCUGGCCGCAGCUCCAUGGUUGGCGUCAUUUACAAAAACAAUUUUGUUGUUUUUGGAGGAUAUGACGGACACCCUCUCUCGCCACCCCCCUCAACUUUGCUAAGCGACUUGCUGUCUCUACAGGUGCCAGGUGUUCUCGCCGACGCUGUGUUUUUGGUGGAGGGUCGAAAGGUGUAUUCCUCGAGAACCCUCCUCGCAUGCAGGUCUGAGCACUUCCGCGCGUUGUUUUUUGGUGGUCUUAAGGAGGCUAGAGACAGGGCGACUACGCCCAUUCCCAUUGAAGGCAUUCGACACGAAGUAAGGCUUUAG